UAUUUGUAUGCAGUUUUAUGUGGAACCCAUGGCAUCCUGAUGUAAAAACCUUAAAUGUUAAAUCCCACACGCCUUAAUUACUUAUAAGCUACGGUAAGCAUUUCGGUCAUUUUGGUAACCCUUUUCUGGAAUGGAUGUAUUAAUGACCAAUGCGCAGCUGACAAAAAUUACUUGCCGAACUAUAGGGAUAAAUCACUAAUCACAAAAAGCCUAAAAAGAAUAUUAAGGAAAUCGAGUGGUUAGUUCAAGGGAUGCCGUAACGAUUGGUUAAAUCUCAUUUCCUUUAAGAUGCAUGUGCGCCGGUGGAUUUUUACUGAUGGCAUUAGCUGAGAGAGGAACAGAGUGGAUGUUAUUCCCUGGGGCAGUAUUCCACCAGCUCGGGGGGCUCCAGUUGGCAAUAACUGACAUCCAAGUGGCUGGACUAUUUCCUAAGCUAAAGGCAACACUUAUAUGUCUUAUUGCCGGUGCCGCAGACGUCAGUGCUUUCGCUCCUAUUCUGAUAAAGUUGGCCUACCAGGCAGGAAUUUCGUACAAAACGUGCAUGUUCACCUUUACCGGUAUCAUACUUCUUUUGUCUUCUGUCAACACAAACACCCUACCACCUAGACAGGAUGAGGACGGAAAGAACAUUGACAUAGCUUGUUGUUUCAAAAUUUGCAAACGACACAGCGGCACUAAAGAAGCAUGGUCAUCACAGUUUUGA